UUUCGCCCAAUCUCUAUUGCAGGGCAGGCGAGGGAGGGAAAGAAGAAAGGCAGGACGGGCACGAAGAAGGAGGCGGAGUGUACCGCUGAAGCAGCUGGGCUAGUUGGCAGGCACACGUUUCUCCCUCUCCGCUCUUGCUAAGUGACUCUCUUUUCCCACCACCCUUCUCCGCCCCGCUGGCAUCCGAGGCGUAGAUUUGGGAGGGUGGGGUUUGCUCGGUGGCCGCCGCCGCCGCCACCACCAGGUUCCCAGAUCAGCUCUACAUCGUUCUCGGCAUUCCGGCUUCGCUUGGCAAUAGCUUUCAAGGCUACGGUGCACAGCGCGAAGGCAGGACUGGAGCAAAGACAUACACUAAAGCGGGGGGAAGAAGAGCAGCCGAGGCGCAGUAGCAGCAGCUGCCUGUGUCCUGGGAAUCUGCCUGCAUCAGCUCGGAGGAGUCGCUCCGCAGCUUCCCCUAGCAAGGUGAUGGUGUACUGAAACAGGACUAUAUAUCAUGCCUUGAAGUAUGCAUCACACAUUUGGGACCCUCUGAUUUAGAUACUAGAGCCAUCUCAUGGAGAGUUUAAGAAGUGGUUCUGAAAAAGAUUAAAGAUUGUAUAAAACUUAAAAGAAGCGGCAUUCUAAUCACUACAUAUUGGAAUUGGACCUCCUUUGACCUCGGAAACUGAAAAUGAGGUUGCUAUGGGAACUGCUUGUGCUGCAAUCAUUCAUGUUGUGCCUUGCAGAUGACAACAUACUGCAUGGACCAGUUUUUAUCCAGGAACCAAGCAAUGUAAUUUUUCCACUGGAUUCUGAGGAAAAGAAAGUCAAAUUGAACUGUGAAGUAAAGGGAAAUCCUAAGCCAACUAUAAGGUGGAAGUUAAAUGGAACCAGUGUUGACAUUGGUAUGGAUUACCGCUACAGUGUGGUUGAAGGCAGCUUGUUGAUCAAUAAUCCCAAUAAAACUCAAGAUGCUGGAACAUACCAGUGCAUAGCAACAAACUCAUUUGGAACAAUUGUUAGCAGAGAAGCUAAACUUCAGUUUGCGUAUCUUGAGAAUUUCAAAACCAGGACAAGAAGUACUGUGUCAGUUCGACAAGGACAGGGAAUGGUGUUGUUGUGUGGACCACCACCACAUUCUGGAGAAUUGAUCUAUGCUUGGAUCUUCAAUGAAUAUCCAUCUUUUGUGCACCAGGAUAAUCGUCGUUUUGUUUCUCAAGAGACUGGGAAUUUGUACAUAGCUAAAGUAGAGAGAUCUGAUGUGGGGAAUUACACGUGUGUGGUGACGAACACUGUAACCAACAACAGAGUGUUAGGACCUCCUACACCUUUAAUCCUGAGAAAUGAUGGAGUGAUGGGUGAAUAUGAGCCAAAAAUAGAAGUACAGUUCCCAGAAAUGGUUCCAUCUGCAAAAGGAACAACUGUGAGACUGGAGUGCUUUGCGCUGGGCAACCCAGUUCCAACAAUCAGCUGGAGAAGAGCAGAUGGAAAACAAAUCCCCCCCAAAACUCGGAGGCAUAAAUCAAGCAGCAUUCUUGAAAUCCCAAACUUUCAGCAAGAAGAUGCUGGUCUGUACGAGUGCAUUGCUGAAAAUGUGAGAGGGAAGAACGUGGCCAGAGGCCAGCUGACGUUUUACGCUCCUCCCAACUGGAUUCAGAAAAUAAGUGAUGCUCAUGUGGCUAUGGAAGAAAGCAUCUAUUGGGAGUGUAAGGCAAAUGGGAGACCAAAGCCUUCUUACAGUUGGCUGAAGGAUGGUGAACUGCUUCUCCCUCAGGAAAGAAUCCAGAUUGACCAUGGAGCACUCACCAUAACGAGCGUGAACCUAUCAGACACCGGCAUGUAUCAGUGUGUGGCAGAAAACAGACAUGGGGUCAUCUUUGUCAGCGCAGAACUGAGUGUAAUCGCUGUGGGUCCAGAUUUUUCCAAAACCUUCUUGAAAAGAUUAUCUCUUGUCAAAGCUGGUGGUGAUGCGGCCAUUGAGUGUAAGCCUAAAGCUUCCCCAAGGCCUACCUUUACUUGGAAGAAAGGAAAAGAGAUCCUAAGAGAAAAUGAGAGAUUCACUAUUUUGGAAGAUGGAACCCUGAAAAUUACCAAUGUUACUAAAGCAGAUGGUGGAAGUUAUACAUGCACAGCAACAAACCAUUUUGGGGCAGCCAGCAGCACAGGAAACCUUGUCGUGAAAGAUCCUACACGGUUUAUGGUGGCACCUACCAGCAUGGAUGUCACUGCUGGUGAAAGUAUUCUUCUGCCUUGCCAGGUAUCUCAUGAUCACCCGCUAGAUAUUAUGUUUACUUGGUCAUUUAAUGGACAUCUGAUAGACUUUGAAAAAGACGGGGAUCACUUUGAAAGAGUUGGAGGGCAGGAUUCAGCUGGUGAUUUGAUGAUCAGAAGCAUCCAGCUGAAUCAUGCUGGAAAAUACGUCUGCAUGGUGGAAACAAGUGUGGACAAACUAUCGGCUGCUGCAGACCUGAUUGUAAGAGGUCCACCAGGUCCACCUGAAGCUGUGACAAUUGAUGAAAUCACGGACACCACAGCUCAGGUAUCUUGGAGGACAGGAGCAGAUAAUCACAGCCCAAUUACAACAUAUGUUAUUCAAGCACGGACCCCAUUUUCAGUGGGAUGGCAAGCAGUCAAUACAGUGCCUGAUGUCAUUGAUGGAAAUAUGUUUACGGCAACAGUGGUUGGUUUGAACCCAUGGGUUGAGUAUGAAUUCCGGGUAGUUGCUGCCAGUCUUAUUGGGAUCGGGGAACCAAGCAGACCAUCAGAGAAACGGAGAACUGAAGAGGCUCUUCCUGAAGUCACCCCAGCUAAUGUCAGUGGAGGCGGUGGUACUAAGUCUGAGUUGGUCAUAACCUGGGAGACAGUGCCAGAAGAGUUACAAAAUGGAGGGGGCUUUGGUUAUGUGGUUGCCUUCCGUCCAGUCGGCACAAUAAAUUGGAUGCAAACUGUAGUGGCUUCUCCUGACGCCUCCAGAUACGUGUUUCGGAAUGAAAGUUUACCACCAUUUUCUCCAUAUGAAGUCAAAGUGGGAGUGUACAACAACAAAGGAGAAGGCUCUUUCAGCCCUGUCACAGUUGUUUAUUCAGCUGAUGAAGAACCCACCAGAGCUCCAACCAACGUCUUUGCCAAGAGCCUUUCUGCUUCAGAAGUAGAAGUGUUUUGGUCCUUGCUACUAGAGAACCAGAGCAAAGGAAGGAUACAGGGCUACGAGGUCAGAUACUGGAAACAUGAGGAUAAGGAAGAUCAGGCUGGAAGAAUGAAAACCACGACCAAUCAGACUUUUGCAAAACUCACCAACUUGAAGGGGAAUGCUCUGUAUCAUUUGGCUGUCAAGGCUUACAACACCGCAGGCAUGGGACCUUCCAGUGCUGUAGUCAAUGUAACGACCAAAAAACCACCACCAAGUCAGCCCCCUGGAAAUAUCAUAUGGAAUUCAUCGGACUCCAAGAUCAUACUCAACUGGGAUCAAGUAAAAGCACAGAAUAAUGAAUCUGAAGUGAAAGGAUACAAAGUUUUAUACAGAUGGAAUAGACAAAGCAGUACAUCUGUUAUAGAAACUAACAAAACAUCUGUGGAGCUUUCACUGCCUUUUGAUGAAGACUACAUCAUAGAAAUAAAGCCAUUUAGCGAAGGAGGGGAUGGCAACAGUAGCGAGCAGAUCCGAAUUCCAAAGAUAUCAAAUGCAUAUGCGAGAGGGUCGGGCGCUUCUACUUCAAAUGCUUGUACAUUGUCAGCCAUCAGCACAAUAAUGAUUUCCCUCACAGCUAGAUCAAGUUUAUGACAAAAAAUACCUGAAGGACUUCCUGUUUAUAAUAUAACUAAGCAACAUUUAGCUAGUUGUUUUGAAGACACCCAGUACUAAGUAAUAUUGUUGUUCAAGUACAUCUUACUACUGGAAAAAAAUGUUUUAUGCUUCUCUAGGAAUGGCAUUAUACAGUACUUCCUCAAAGCAAAUAUAGCUUUGUCUGAAGUUUCCUUGGAAACUCUGCAAUGCACUGAAAACAUCUGUAAUAUGAUGUUACCAAAGCAGUUUACAUAUGUCCUUAUAUGCAUAUUUUUAUUAUAUAUUUAGUGUUUUAUAGACUUUUUUAAAGUUAACAUAUGAUGUAGAUAUUGAUUUCUUUUCCCUCUGCUAUAAAAUGCUACUGAUGACAUUGUUAUCAUUGGAAAAAUAUAUUGUUUUGGAAUGUUUAUGGCUGGAAGGUCAUAUGUAUGGCCAGAAGGUCAAAGUUCUCAGAAAAUCAGUUUUAAAUUGAUUGUACAGUUUUACAAGAGUACAUACUGGAAAAGCAGUUUUGGCCUUGAUCUCUUCUUCCAGGCAUCUGGGGUUUGUCUGGGUGCAUGAAAAGGGUCCCCCAUGGGCUUUGUAGGAAGCCUCCCAUCCCUGUACCCCUGCUGGCUUUCAGUCAAGUUUGCGGCCACUGCGCCUGGCCCAUUGCUGAUAAGCUGAGGCCUUCCUGCACUUGACAUACAUGCAAUUGAAUUGUCUCGUGGCUCACUCCUCUCCAGGGCCCUGCUGUAUAGGCCACUUGCACAAGGUAGUGAGAAAAGCAAGCUGCUGGUGUUGGAGGUCCUCACUUCAUUGGCACUACCCAGGCACAUUCCACUACAUCUGGCAGAGUAGCCAUACACCCAACUGAGAGCCUUGAGGUGGCAGCGGAAAGGGGAGACACUCAGUAAAAUACCCAUAAGGGAUCCCUCUACAUGUAUAGAAGGAUGUGUGAAUCAUGCCACUGUUUAAAACAUUUAUGAUGGUCCCAGUUAAAUCCAUCACUUUGACAUACAAGAUUUCUUUUGAAUUUUCUUUUGGAUGGAUAAAACAAAUCCAAAAUAAUUUUCAAUGCAUUUGCUUUCAGGUUUAAGUAAACUACAUAAAAUCAUUGAGCCAAUGUUUUAAUGAUGCAUCGCAGGAUUUUUAUUUGAAUGUACUUAUUUAGCUUUCUCUAAUAUUUAAAAAUGUUAACAUCUAUUCCAUUUAGUUGUUAUUGCUUCCUAUAGUGAUUUAGAUCAGAUGUUGCUAUCGCAAAGGACAAAAUACUGUGUGGUGAAAAUCUGAAAUUCCACCAGUUGAACUACUGAUUUUGUUCUGGAUUUGCACCAUUUUAAUCAGGAUAUUGCAAAACUUUGAGAUGGAAAAUGAAAUAUGCCGAUUUCCAUGUCUGAAUAUGGUUUUUUUGUUUGUUUUUGUUUUUUGGACAGGUACAUGUUAACUGUAAUUCUCUAUAGAUUGGUUUCAUAAAUUUAAUGACAGAAUUAUCUAUGUUUAUAUAUGAUCUUGUUUGAGUUUAGGUCAUAAGCUAAAUCUAAUAAAUGAUGUUCUAGUGAAUACCUCUCUAAAAAGGCUUUUUCCCAUUAAAAAAAAAAUCAUAUGUAUGUCUGGGUGUCUCUAUGCACUUCCAAAUAGCUUCUUUAUUUUAAGAUUUUAAAUCCUCCUGGCUUUUUGCUAGCACAAGUGAACAAAGCCAAAAAUCUGAAGAGUGCUUUGCAGAUCAAGGUUUUAUUUUCUUGACCAGCUUUUCAGGCACACACUUAGCAUAUUGAUAAAAUGGCAUUCAAAUGUCAGUGAUUGCAUACAUCAUACAGUUAUCUCACACAGCUAUCAUUCAUUCCAGUGAGGCUUGCAGUGGAACACUUUGAUGAAUGCUCGAUCCAGUGCCUCCUGUAUGCAUUCAGGGGCCUGCUCAUGCACAUCUGCUCACAAGCCUGCUCAUGCACAUCUGCACCAGCAUAUGGCAGAGCUCUGGAUCAUGGCCAAUAUUUACAAGAAAAAUAAAUUGGCCAACAUGAGGAAAAUUACUCACAGUUGUCCCAUUGAAAUUAAAAGGACAAGUUAAAUUGCAGCUGGGGAUGAUGGGAGUUGUUGUUCAGAAACAUCUGGAGUACCACUGGUUGGGGAAUCCCUGAAUUAAGCAAUGCCUAACUUGCCCUUUUAAUUUCAAUUGGACUACUUUGAGUAAUUUUCCUGAUCGUGUACGCCAGCAAUACGAAAAGGUUUGUUUCUCAAUAUGGAAAAAUUUUGUAAGUACAUUCAGAUUGAACAAUCAUAAUUAAAGCAGCAGUUGGACUCUUCUAUUUUUUGUUUGUUUCCAAGUUUAACAAGUUCUUCUGGUAAGAACUAAUCUGCCUAAUUUCUUUCACUAUUCCUUCAACUUGACUAAUUUUGGUCCAAAUCAGUUAGAUUGUUCACAAGUUAGCCCACUUGCUCCUCAAAUGUUCAUGCAUCUGCCAUCUUGAAUUGGGGUGGAUGGCAUCAUCACAAACUAUGCCGUUGAAGUGUCCCUACAGCUGUAGCAAAUUUGGUUGAAAUCAGGCGGUUCACAAGUUAGCUCACUUGCACAUCAAAUGUUUAUGCGUCCACCAUACUGAAGUGGGGUGGAUGACAUCAUCACAAACUAUGCUGUUGAGGUGUCCCUGUGUGUCCCCACAACUGUAUACAAUUUGGUUCUUACUGGUCAAGGCAUUGCGAAGUUGAUGGGGAGGGGACACACACACGGACAGACACAUAUAAUAUACACAGAGAGAAAGAGAGAAUGCUGAGUGAUCUCAGAAGCUUACUUUUCUUAAGGAAAGUAGGCUAAAAAUGCACUGCAGAGAUUUAUCAUUUGUACUUCCUGAUCGUUUAAAUUUGCCUGUAACUUGUCUUUUUUGCUUCCAAACCAAUACAAACUAACUUUUAAACCUUUCAAAAUAUAUUUAUUCAGUAACUCAUAAUCAGGAUUCCACUUGUGUAAGUUGGGGGUGUUAACCAGAGAAAUAUUGUCAGUAUUUCGAGCUGUGUUCCUUUCUUAGUUUGAUAUGGUUACUUCUAUGUAAUAACAAAAACAAAACAAAAAAACCCACAAAAGGAAAAAAAAUGAAAGAAAAAAAGCCUAUGUAGUUUUUCUCCCCAGUGUAAAUGAUAUUUACCCGUGAUCUAGCAGAUGUAAUCUUUUUUAAAGUUAUUGGUAAUAAAUAUUGUUAUUUGUAAAGAU